AUGCUACGGCCCGCGCACCUCGUCGUCCGGCACAAGCUGCCCGUGCUGCUGGUCGCCCUCCUCGCCACCGCCGUCCUCGGCUUCUACUACUACCUCGUCGCCUUUCCAUCUCAGUUGGCCGUCUCGGCGUCUAGAUAUUUCUCGCCCGCCGUGCCGAUAUCCGAUGCGCGAAUAUUGAACGCGCAGGCGGCGGCAUAUGCUAUGGGCGGCGUGCGGCCCGUAUGCCCGUUGCAGGACUGGCACGAAGCCCGCUAUGCCCCAUUACACAAUUCGAAGAAUGUGUUCAUAGCGGCGAACUUGUACAACUCCCAGGACGUGCUGCCGACGUUCUUCCAGGAGUUGCCGACGGUGAUUCAGCAUUUGGGCGCGGAGAGAGUGUUCGUCAGUAUCUACGAGAGCAACUCGAAGGAUCGGACGCCGGAGAUGUUGCAGAUGCUCGAGGGCGUAUUGUUCGCUUUGGGCGUACCACAUACUAUCGUAUACGCGAACGAGGACGAAAGGCCGCCCGGCACACGUAUUGAGAUUCUCGCAGGCGUGCGCAAUCAGGCACUACGGCCAUUAUACAACGGAGAGGCAGCGCAAUUCAUGCCGGGCGGCCAAUUCGACGAGCUGCUCUUCAUGAACGACAUCGCCUUCUGCGCGGCAGACAUGCUCGAGCUAUUACUGGAGAAGCGGGAGCAGGGCGCCAAUCAGGCAUGCACGGUCGACUACAUGGAAGCCGUCAUCUAUGACCGCUGGGUCCUGCGCGACAUACACGGAAACCCGUUCUACCGUUGGGAGGACGUAUCAUGGUUCUAUCGAUUCCUACCCGCGCCGUUCCUGGCGCCCUUCUCGCCACCGUUGCCGGAUGACCCCGCCGCUGCCAAACGCUUUGGUCAGAACUUGCCCGUGCAGGUGUUCUCAUGUUGGAACGGCGCCGUUGCGAUGGACGCGGACGUUUUUGCGGCGAAGGAGCCGGAGGGCAUUAGGUUUAGGGUCGCUGCUAAUUCGGAAGAGGGAGGGCUUGAUGGGGCGGGCAAGGAGGUCGUCGCGAGUGAUAGAGCGAGCGAAUGCUUCCUCGUCAGUGUGGACAUGUGGAAGGCCGGGCGAGGAAGGGUCAUGAUCGUGCCCAAAGCCAGCGUUUCCUACGACACCAAGCAUUACCACACUUACAGGAAAGACUACGUUCGGCCAGCGGAUGAUGCACCCGGGAUAGACUGGGUGUCCGACCCGCCUGCGAAAGUCGCGAUGCAGGACUUCGGCUUCUGGAAGGGACCUGAACGCUGGGCACCCUGGGACGAGCAAUGA